GGCCGCAGACCCAAGCAGCAUGUGGACGUUCGGGCGCCGCGCGGCCGCCGGCCUCCUGCCCCGGUCGGCGGCCUCCCGCCCGGCCCAGGCCCGCACCGGGGCACCGCGCCGGGUGGAGUUCGCCCUGUUUUACGGCCGUCGUGGGCUGCGCGUGGGAACCGCCGUGGCCGGAGCGCCCGGCCGAGCCAGUUUGAACCUCCACUACCUCAACCAGAUUCUGAAUGUCAAAAAGCAGAGUGUCUAUUUGAUGCCUCUGAGGAACUCGGGAACUUUGGGCAACCCAGGCUCUCUAGAUGAAACUGCCUACGAAAGACUAGCAGAGGAAACACUGGAUGCCUUAGCAGAGUUUUUUGAAGACCUUGCAGACAAACCCUGUACACUGGAGGACUAUGAUGUCUCCUUUGGGGGUGGUGUCCUAACAGUUAAACUGGGUGGAGAUCUAGGAACCUAUGUGAUCAACAAGCAGACCCCAAACAAGCAAAUCUGGUUAUCAUCUCCCUCCAGUGGACCCAAGCGCUACGAUUGGACUGGGAAAAACUGGGUGUACUCCCACGAUGGCGUGUCCCUCCACGAGCUGCUGGCCACAGAGCUGACUGAAGCCUUAAAAACUGAAUUGGACUUAUCUUCCUUGGUCUAUUCUGGAAAAGGCACUUGAACGGCUGCCCCAUCAUAAAGACCUUAACAGCUAUCAGGCCAAGACCCCAGCUUCCUUCUGCAAUGGAGAGUGGGUUUUCUGUUGUUUUUUUAUUUUGUUUUGUUUUCCAUUCCUGCUUUUGACAACAGCUCUGAAAAGAAUGUGUCGCCUCCGGAGCUGAUUUACUUUCUACAGUUUAUUUGGAUUGAUUGAUUUCCUGCUUCACAUGAUACCUCUUAUCUCUUUUAAUGUCUUAUACCCAUAUCUUAAUAUAAUAAUGACUUUACAUAAAGAAAAAUAAUAAGAAGGAAAUUUUGCCUGGAGGAGAAAUGAGUUGUCCUCAAUUUUCAUUCUUUGAAGGAUUUACUGCAAAAACAUGAAAAGCUGGUGGCUCACCUCUUCAUUUCAUCUGAAAAUGAGUCUCAUGAAAGAGUAGUUUAGGACUAGGGUUGUGGCUCAGUGGUAGAGCACUCGCCUAGCAUGUGUGAGGCACUGGGCUCAAUAAAAAAAUAAAAAAUGUCCAUCAACGACUAAAAAAAUGCUAAAAAAAAAAAAAAGUAGUUUGUAAAUGUCCCCAGGCCUUCUCCUAAGUGUACACACUU